UUGGGUGGUUCUUUUAUAUUGAUUUUGGCUGGAAGCGGUAUUGGGAAAAUACACACACACACACACACACACACCAGCUCAAUACCUUCCAGUCGUAUUUUACGCAGCUUUCAUUGGAUAUCGGCGUAACGGCACCAGUCUGUAGUGAUAUCUGCGGCUUUCUCGCUGACGUAAUAUUGACUGAUCCGAAUGUUUACUUUGGACACGAUCACUUAGAGUCGCACAUUGCGCUCUUUUCCUCUCCCAGUCUCCGUCUCUCUGCCCGUCCCCUUUGCUUUCCUCCGGCGUUCACGCAAAGAUCCUAAUCCAUUCCAAGCUGAAAGGGUCACCUUAAAGGAGUUUUCUUUUCUUUUUUGUGUGUGUGUGCGCGGACAACCCCUCUUGGGAUUCUAUUCUGUUUGAGUCGAGCUGGUGGAGAGCCGUGGAAAGAUACCACAGGUGAAUGGAGCUUUAACGACGCUGCGGUAGAGAUGAUUGAACAGUUUAAGGUUUCCAUGAGCGCAAUCUGUGCCUGAUUUGACAGAAGCCGAGUCUUUCGUGGCACUUUGUGAUAACUGAAGCGGACCGAGUUAGCUUUUUUUCUUUUUCCUCCUCCUGUUUUUUUUUCUUUUUUCUUUUUGAAGACAUAAAAAAAUUUCUCCUCUGGCUUUCCUAAAGGAUGAUAUGACCUUUUCUUUGGCGCAGUGGUGGCUGCUUUCCUACCAAUUUCUUGGAUCUUUGUCAUGCCUUUCUGCAGGAUUACUCACGGAGAUAUGAGCGCACUAAAAAAUCGAGUUGGAUUGUAAAACAACAUUGAGAUACAUUCUUUAAAACAAAACCCUUGCUCUUUUUAUUAAAUUUUUUUCUCCAAAGCGGGAAGUGCUGCUUUGUGGUAAUCAAUGGCUUCGGUGCCGAGGUCGGCAAGGCGCAAAGAUGCCACUCGCUGGCCGAGGAUGUCGUCAACUUUUUGGGCUGUGGUGCUCCUGACGGCGCUGUUGGUUCUCUACUGCGGCCAGCUGGCAGCGGGGACAUGUGAGAUUGUGACGUUGAACAAGGACAGCAGCCAACCACGACGGACCAUCGCCAGGCAGACGGCCCGCUGCGCCUGUAAGAAGGGCCAGAUCGCCGGAACUACAAGAGCCAGACCUGCCUGUGUGGACGCUGGGAUUGUUCGAAAAAGGCAGUGGUGUGAGAUGGUUCCGUGUUUGGAGGACGAAGGCUGCGACCUGUUAGUCAAUAAAUCUGGAUGGACUUGUACGCAGCCAGGAGGCCGAGUCAAAACCACCACGGUGUCAUAACACAACCAGAGGUGCCAAACACGGGAGUGACCGACGGAGGGAGUUUGUGCUCCUGAGGGGUUUCGGAUAAACUCACUAUUAAAACACUUCCCACCUCCUGUGACUCUCACCUCCGCGUCUCCGGCCGCUCCCUCACGCCGUCUGUCACCGGGUCAGCGCCUUCCUCCUCGUCAAUGCAUCUGCCUGUUUGAUGAAAAACUUUUAUUACGCCGCGGAGGACCGGACACCUUAAAAUGCUUUUUGUUUUUGUUUUUUUGGUCAUUGGAAGUCCAAUUUUUAAGGAGCUGCUCGUUGCAUUUUCAAAACAAAAGAAAAACAAAAAAAAGGGAUUCCCCCCACCACCAAUCACCAUCGCCACCUCUCCAAGUCUUUCCGUAGUGCUGGAGUUUCCGGAGCACAGCUGGGAUCAUUACAGACCGAACCCUGUUGCUUCAGACCACUUGACGAGGCCGUAAAAACCAAACUGUGCGCUCUCUGCUGUGAAUAGGCCUUCUGCUGGAGUCAAACUCCUUUAUUUUUAUAGACCAAAGAGCAAAACGACAACAAAUAUGAUCAUUAGACCAAGAGGUGGCAAAAGAAACGUAUUCCUCUUGGGGGGGCAGAGGGGUUGCUACGAAAUCUCUCUACUCGAACAAUCGAAUCAAUGGAGUCCUUUUGAAAUCUUCUGGACUUUUUCUUUUUUCUUCAGACUGAAGCCCACAACUUGUAUUUUGGAACUGGAACUAUAGGUACUGCAUACGUAUAACUAUGUAUCAACAACAACGACAAAAAAAACAAAAACAAAAGUCUGAUUUGUGAUUUUUCAGUAGCUAUGGUUUUCGGACAGAGUCAUGUCGAAGGAAAUGCUACUCGUCUACAGGAGGGUACGGACGGAUGCUGUCAAGUCGGAACGGGAAGAGCAAAGAAUUGCCAUUAAAUGUAUUUUGAAAGGCCCUUAAAAAGUUAUAUAUUUAACAAUUUUAUAUGUUGUACCUUUGUAGAGAAGCUUAUUGGACUUAAAUGUGGUCACAAUGGCAGUUUAGUAGAACGUGAACAAACGCUGUUCUCAUUACUGCUGGCUCGUAGUCUAUGGUUUUCUGUUCACACCUCGGUAGCUGCUUUCUUUUCAUGGUCAUCUACAAGUCACAGUCUUAUUAGAACCAUUAACGACAAAAGAAAAAAAAAGAGGAGAGUGACAAUUUCUUGAGGACUGAUGUGCAGCCAACAGAACAUUGUAAAUCUAUGGUAGUGAGUGGACGCCAUUGAAAUCUGCUAAUUUGCUAUGAUAUUGUAUUGUACACGAUGUGGAAUACUGAUUCAUUUCCCCCUCAACGGGUUUUGAUCUCUUAAUUUAUUUUGGUGCUUGUGUUCGUUCGCACAAAUCCAGCCUCUCUCCGUUGGCAAUCCGGACAAUGAAGGAAGCAGAGAGGAACGAUACCGAAAGGAAGCACUGCAAACAUAGUCAUAUAAAUACAUUUUUUAUCAUGAAAUAUUUUAAGAAUAAAUUAAAUACAUGGAAAAAAAACGGUGGUGU